AUGUCGGUGCCGUACAAGAAUUCACUCUAUCUCUGGCUUUGCGCGCAACCUGACGAUUUCAACCCAGGAGCGAGCACAAUAAGACUAACACCAUCGCAGCAGGCGGAGUGGCAGCAGCUCACCGAUUCAGCCUACUUUGGUUGGAGACCUUCAGAUUCGGGCUUCAGAAUCCUCGAUCGAAACAUCCCGUAUAUCGGAGACCGCGAAAUACGUGUGACUUAUCGGGCAAAGACCGACCCUCCUGGUGCAGGUCUCGGAGCACUCAAUCGGCUCCCCAUUGAGCUCCUGAAUUCUAUUAUCUCGUCACUUGACAUAUCUACUCUUGACCGGUUCAAAAGAGUGAAUAGGCGAGCUUUCGAGAUCGUCAAUGCGCAUCCGGAAUUUCACGUCAUGAACUCGCAAGCGCAUGAUACCCUACGCGGGUUGCGCGCCAUUAAAACAAGCCAUAUGAUCACCGUUCAAGUCCUCUUUGAAAAGCUCUGCACCAGCAAGUGUGAGGACUGUGGCGACUAUGGCGGAUACAUUUAUCUUCUGACUUUUCGGCGGGUUUGUUAUCGGUGCUUCACGGAGCAAGACCGAUAUUGGCCACUACGAGAGACUGACGCUUUGAGAACGUACGGCCUUACUCCGGAAAUCCUGCGCACUUUGCCUCGUUGUCAAGGCUACCCCGGCUACUACGAGGAUGAAUUCUUCUACAGGAACAGGCAGGGCUAUCUGUCUUUGAUAGACCGCCAGUCUGCGUACCGUGCAGGGGUCGCUCGCCAUGGCUCGCUUCAAGCCAUGAAGGAGUACGUGGCGAACGUAGACUCCAACCUCUGGGCACAAUUCGAGAAAAAAAUCGAAAGACGCGAGAAGCAAGUGGCAGCAGAGAGGGUAGUGAAGGUCCGCAACAAGAUUGCCCAAAAAGUGACUAAGAUCAGGAAACGGAACGCUUAUAAAAAGGAGGUCCUGACAAGGAGGGAAAGAACGACAAAGGAGAAUGGCGCAAUUCUCUCUGUGCCAUGA